CGUGUGUAUUAGGAACAGUGCGAGUACGUGUAUAUAGUGGUAGAAGUCAGUGGUAGACGGAACAUCAUGUUAGUCAGUCAGGGUAGCAUGUGUGACUGGGAUCCUGUGUGGAUAGCGUCAGUAGAUUUCAACAACCCGAGAACACAACUUGUCAUCUAGAUCGCAGCAUGGCAAGUCCGCAUAGCUGGUGUUAUGUUGUGUGAGCUGUUCGAUGACCCGUCCACUGGUCCUUCGGUGGCGACCCAACUCUAUUCGGCUUCUUUGAAUCACACGCAAAUCUUCCUGCUUUCUAAAGCCAUUGGACGAUCUGAUUGAUAUACAGUCUUGCCCUGACUGUACAUAUUAACUUAUAUUUCACAGAUCGAGGACGCAAGUAUGAGCUAUGCCCGUAUUCUGGCUCACUACCCCUAUGUCGUUCUACUGGUAGUCCUGGUUGUGGUGGCAACGUGUCUUGUGGUGUCCAUCAUCAAUGGCGAGAAACUGGACUUCAACGACCCACUGCUGGGAUUUGAACCCCGAGGGACAGAGAUCAGUGAGAGAACCGUUGCCUAUGACAACCUCAUUGACAACAUUGGCGGCAAGGCGAGUCUUGCCCCAUUCAACUACCAUGCCAAUGAUCAGGUUCUUGAAAGAAGUCGGAAAAGGAAAAAUAAGAAAAAGAAUCGAAAAGGCAAAAAAUUUGGCAAACAGACAGGAAGAGAUGAAUUGGACAAUGUGACUGAGGCAUUGGUUCAUGUUGAAGAUCGGCGCCAUGAUAAGUUCUUCUGUGGAAUUCCAUACAAGGAUUAUGCGAGAGUCGUGUACAAAGCAGUAGAUGGGUCGAAUCUAUUCACACUUCAUCAUAUCAAGGCCAUGUGCAAAAUGGAGACCCAGUAUUUGUCAUCAAAUUCACUCUUCACCGAACAGUGUAUUCACGUAGAGUCAGAGAAAAACUGUUGUCGAAGCUGGUCUUUGGGAAGCUAUAUAGCGUUGCUAAGCAACAAGUCAAGCUGCCAUACAAUCACAGAAGAGGAUGUGUCCAAUGUUCUCAAAUUGCUCAAGUCUUGUUCCGACUACUAUCGUAAUUACACCAUGGGAAUUAACUGUGAGUAUUCUGAAGGAGCUUGGUACACAGCGUCCAGCUAUCCCCAGGAGGAGUGUCAUGGAGUCCCAUCAAAAUGCACAAAGUACAAUGCAGUCUAUCAUCUCUUCCAUCACCUUCUUGACGUCCAUUUCAUCCAAAAUGUUGCAGCUAAUUCCUCACCACAUUUGACGUAUGCUGUAACAUUUUUCCCUGUCGCAGGAAGCUCCUUAGAUCUAUACAAUUAUAUGGAAUCUUUGCCAAGGACCUUUGAUGGCGUGGAAAUUGUCGGAGCUAAAUUUGAUCUUAAGUACAAGUUAUUCCAAGAGAUGUUAAAAUCAGACACAGUUUGGUUGGCAUCUGCUGGUUGCGUAAUCUUCCUUGCCAUGUGGCUUUACUCCGCAUCAAUUUUCAUCACUGUGAUGACCUUUUUGGCGAUGUUUUGGGCCCUUACUGUCGCCUAUUUCUUGUACAUGCAUGUGUUUGAAAUCAAAUUUUUCCCCUAUAUGAACAUGGUGACUGUAAUAGUCAUGAUAGGUAUCGGUGCUGAUGACGUCUUUAUUUAUUGCAAAGUUUGGCACCUUGCCAAGGCAGAAAAAAAUAAUGGUACUCUUGAAAAAAUAGUAAAUGAUACGCUACGUCAUGCGACGUUAUCGAUGCUGGUGACGAGUCUGACAACAGCGGCGUCAUUUUAUGCUAACUAUAUCAGUGACAUCACUGCCAUUCAGUGCUUUAGUAUAUAUGCUGGGACGGCAGUCAUCUGCAACUUCUUCUUGACUCUUACAUGGAUACCAGCUACAAUCAUGCUUUAUGAAAAAUGGUGCAAUUUUUGUGUGUGCUCCAGUCAUGAAUUUUAUACAGAAGAGAACAAUUUCUGCUACUAUUUGUGUCGAGUUCCAUACAAAUUGUACUAUCUCCUCACAGACUGGUCAAGGAUAUUUUUUGAGAAGCUCCUCCCAUGCCUUGUGAUUAAAUUCCGUUAUGUGUGGCUCUUCCUGUAUGGGGGUCUCGGAAUCUGUGGUAUGAUUGUCAUUUUUUACUAUCCCAAAUUAAAACUGCCAUCUACAAGAAAAUUCCAGGUGUUUUCUUCCAAUCAUUGGCUUGAGAAGUAUGAUUUUCAGCUGAGUGAUAGCUUCAGUUUUGAGAAGAUGAAGGAGGAGGACAUCCCAGUGUUACCUGUUACUAUAGUGUGGGGGAUUCAUGCUAGUGACACAGGGGACAGGCUCAAUCCCAAUGAGAAAGGCUCCCUUGUUCUAGAUACUGACUUCGACCUAGCUGAAGAGAGUGCUCAGCGCUGGCUAUUGGAAUUUUGUGCUCGAUUCCGUAAAUCUGAAUUUUAUCUCAACUCUCCUGGCUUACAACUCACCAACUGCUUCUUGGAGAAUUUUGCCAAUGAGUACAUGAAAAGACCAUGUACACAAGAUAAAAAACCAUGUUGCAAUGAAACAGCUUUCCCUUUUCCAAAGAAUAAGUUCAAAAAAUGUCUUUUACGCUAUGUCCCUUUGCUACAGAAAACUCCAGCUGUUCGUUACAAUAAACAUUCCCCAGGACCUCGAUUCUCUAAUGGACGUAUCAGUGCCUUUAUGGUGGAGUUCCUCAGCAAUGAGCCGUACAGCCAUUCCUAUGAGAAAAUGAAACAGUUUUAUCUCAAGGUUAACCGCUGGGUGACGGAGGAAAUGGUGCAAGCCCCAGCUCAAAUGAGAAAUGGAUGGUUUGUGACAAAUUUAAAAUUCUAUGACCUCCAGAACAGUCUAGCUAAAGGAACACCUCUAGCUCUCGGGGUGUCGUUAUCAUUUGCAGCUAUUGUAGCUUUCUUCACUACAUUGAACAUCUUGAUCAGCUUCUAUGCCAUCAUUACAAUUGCGUGUAUAAUCAUCGUCACGGUUGCAUCACUGGUGCUACUUGGAUGGGAGCUUAACAUUCUUGAAUCUGUGGUUAUUACUGUAGCUAUAGGUAUGUCUGUUGACUUUACCCUACAUUAUGGAGUAGCGUACAGACUCUCGCCAGACCUGGAUCGAGAAAUGAGAGUUGCUUGUUCGAUUGGUCGCAUGGGAAGUGCAGUUGCUAUGGCUGCAUUGACAACAUUCCUGGCCGGUGUGUUCAUGAUGCCCUCCACUGUUUUAGUAUAUCAAAAGUUUGGAACAUUUUUGAUGUUACUUAUUACCAUUGCAUGGAUAUAUUCCACGUUUUUCUUCCAGUCUCUGUUACGAACUAUUGGACCUCAGGGAGGGUUUGGUCAGUUUCAUUGGCCAGCUUCAGACUGUUGUUCGCCGUCUGCCCGAGAACACGUGGACAAGACAGUGUAUGCUAUGUCCGAGUCCACACUGUCCAGUUCAAGUACAAGCAACCCAAACCAUAUCAGUAGUGAGGUGCAUGAACUCGAGCCCUUGACCGAGGGUCAGGAGACUCACCCAAAACAUUCCCACUUUCGUCAUCAUCACCAUCAUCACCAUCAUCCUCAUCGUAUCAGGUCAAAAGGCCCUUAUACCCACAUGAGGGCAAGAAGCCCUGGUGGCUAUGAGUCCAAGCGUGGAACAUGUGUCACCUUUGAACCUUCUUCAGAAACCCAGACUUCCGAAGUAAUUAUUGAACAGCCGGAAAUCCAUGAACCUGUGGAUUCUGGUAUUAUAUCUGGUGCUUCCCAAACUGACACCAGUGAGAUCAAAGAAGAUUCAGCCCAUUACGGAAAAAGUGAUGAACUUCUUUAGUUUGUUGGGAUUUGUAAGUUUGUUAGAGCUUGUUUGAAGAUGCACAAAGACUUCAGUACAUGUCUGAUGUCUAUUUAUUCCAUGACUUUAACCCUGUUUAGUUUUAUGUCUUAAAUUGUUCAUAAGUAUCAAUUUUUAAUGUAAAGAACAGGUUAUUUUGUUGUUUGUUCAUGCAAAUAUUUGACUUAAAUUAUUUUUCUGUUUUUGGUCUUUUUCUUAUUUCCUGUCAUGUCAAUAAUUAUAGGGAAAUAAAUUCUGAAACUUGAUAUUUCCACUUAGCAAUACUGUUGAUGUCUCUCAAGUGUAAUAUACUGCAUGCCAACAGCAAUACACAGAACCCUCAAUGAACAUAAUUACCAUAGAUACUGUAAACCAACAUUUUAUAUAUACAAUAAUAUAACUGUUUUACUGGCAUUCUAGAAAUUGGUAAGUAAAUGAGAAUACACAUCUUUAUGGAUCACAACCUCUAGGUUAAUGUAUUAGUGACAUUUCCAUGUUGAUUUUUACACCAUGCUCCAGCUUGAGUUUGGUGUAAUAUUCUACAUUAAAAUGCAAUAAACGAGAGUUGUCAUCCAUACAGUUCUGUGUUUUCUUACAAUGAUAUGAAAUAGAACCAUUUGGAAACACAAUAUUGCUGUAAAUUCAACUUUAACAAAGCUUUCUGUUGUAAACCACAGUAGAUAGAUCAUACAACAGGUGGGCAGUCAGCGUUAUUGGAUAGAGCUCAUUCAAAUAUGCAGAUGCAGAGAUGUGAUCAUUUUAAAUGAACUGAGGAUGAUGUACAUUUGGACAGGGGGCGGUAGGGUAGCCUAGUGGUUAAAGCGUUCUCUCGUCAUGCCGAAGACCCAGGUUCGAUUCCCCACAUGGGUAUAAUGUGUGAAGCACAUUUCGGAUGUUCCACACCAUUAUAUUGUUCAAAUAUUGCUAAAAGCAGUGUAAACUUAAAUUUGGACAGUCAGUGACAAAUUUCAACGAACCAGUGAUUUUCUGUCGAUUAUAUAAAUCCUUAAGUAUAGAAAUCAGAACGAUGAUAUGUUUGGUUGGCACAAGGGCAUCUGAUGGCCCAAGGUCAUAUCAACUGUAACAAUUCAACCACUUAAGUAACCAGGUUUCCUCAGUGUUCACUAUUUGGCAUAGACACUGACGCUGAAGGGUCGUUGUCGGCACAGGUACUACAGAUAUGUACCCCAGGUACAUUUCUGUAUA